GGACAGAGCUGCAGAGAGAAAGAUGGAGAAUCCGCUGCUUUUAUCCCCCCAGCUCAAUGCUUCUUCGCGGAUGAAAUUGUUAUAUAAAAGCAUGAAACCUUUCAACAAAGAUGGGGCAAAGACGGAAGCAAAAAACAGAGCACAGGAAAAGAAGAACCGGUUGAGUCUCCUGCUGAAGAAGUCUGAAUUGCACCCAAAUCCCACCCAUCUUGACACUUUUGAGAAACUGACAGAUGCUUCAAGUGAGUCCCCUGAAGAAAUAAAGAAAUGGGGUGAAUCUUUUGACAAACUUAUUUCGCAGAAAGCUGGGAUAGAUGCAUUCAUAAGGUUCCUCAAAUCCGAGUUUAGUGAAGAGAACAUUGAGUUUUGGAUGGCGUGUGAAGAUUACAAAAAGAUCAAAGACCCUGGUCAACUUUCACUCAAAGCAAAGGAAAUAUACAAGGCAUUCAUUGAAAAAGAUGCUCCAAAGGAGGUCAACCUUGACUUUAACACCAAAGAGUGCGCCAGUCAGAACAUCAGCCAACCUACACUCAACAGCUUUGACGCCGCACAAACCAAAAUCUACACACUGAUGGAGCAAGACAGUUACCCACGCUUUCUGAAGUCGAACCUUUACUCAGAUUUGCUCAACAGCAGGCCUCUGGGUUAUUCAGCGCUUCGAAGAAGAUCGCGCUCAUUCACCUUCAAUGAAUUCAAAAAUGCUCAGCCAGAUUUUGCCAUCUGGCUGUAAGGAAACAAUCCCUUUUGGAGUCUGCCACUUUGAGAAU